AUGGCGAAGAAAGGAGCAUUAUUUCGCAAUCUACGCCAAUUUGAUGGAUAUGCAAAGACAUUAGACGAAUUUCGUGUCAAGACAACAUCAGGCGCAUCUGUUACCUUGAUUAGUGCUUUUAUUGUCAUUUACUUGGUUCUGUCAGAACUAAUAACAUACAACACAUCUACAUGGAGUCCAAGUCUAGUUGUAGAUAAAAGUCGAAAAGAAAAAAUGCCCAUAGACUUUAAUAUCACGUUUCCUCAUGUGCCUUGCCAUAUGCUUAGCAUUGAUAUAAUGGAUGAUACAGGAGAGCAUUCAACAGGAUAUUCCCAGGAUAUAACAAAAGUAAGACUUGAUCUGUCCGGAAAGGUGAUCGAAACUAAUAUUCUUAGAAUAGAGCUAGGAGAUCACACCAAAGAUGCAGAAAAGGCCCUACGGCCAGUGCCUGAAUGUGGUAGUUGUUAUGGUGCAACACCACUUCGUGAGGACGGUUGUUGUCACACUUGUCAGGAUGUUCGAGAAGCUUAUAUCAAGCAAGGAUGGGGGCUUGUGAACACAAAAGAGAUUGAACAGUGUGUGCGUGAAGGAUGGUUAGAAAAACUUGAAAACCAGUCAGACGAAGGAUGCAACGUGCAUGGACAUCUCUUGGUAAACAAAGUGCGAGGAAACUUUCAUUUUGCACCAGGAAGCGCCUUUCAGGCUGGUUCGAUGCACAUACAUGAUCUUCAGGAAUACUCAGCAGGAGCAGCAGAAGGACACAAAUUUGACAUGAGCCAUGUCAUUCACAAGCUAAGAUUUGGCCCAGAUACUAAAGAUCAAAGCGAAGAGGUCUUGGCAGUUACAAAUGCCUUGGCUGGCACAGUCAAGAAUAGUACGAAUGGACGUGUGGCGUAUCAAUACUUUUUAAAAAUUGUUUCUACCGAGUUUCGACAUUUGAAGAACAUAGUCUAUACCAAUCAAUACUCUGUUACCCAAAAUGAAAUGAUGCUUAAGGAUGGGGUAUCUGGUCUCCCAGGCGUCUUUUUUAAUAUAGAGAUCUCACCUAUGCAUAUCAUUUACCAAGAAUCAAGACCCGCUUUUAGUAGCUUAGUAACAGGUCUCUUGGCUAUUGUUGGCGGUAUCUUUACUGUAGCAGGGUUAAUUGAUCGUGUAGUAUACAAAGCUGAACGUGCUUACAAGAAGAAAAUGGAGCUGGGAAAAACUCUUUGA